ACAGGCGGCGUCUGCAGACCCGCUGGCCAGGCUGUUGAAGAAGAGGAAUGCCGACGACGCGGGGCAGUCCGAUAUCGAGGUCUACAGCGUGAGGAUCGACUGCAAGGUGACGUCGCGCUUCGCCCACACAAUCAUGACCAGCCGCGCCGUCAACCACGCCAACGUCUCCAGAGAGGCCCUGUUUGAUGUGGAGCUGCCCAAGACCGCCUUCAUCACCAACUUCAGCAUGGUGAUCGACGGGGUGACCUAUGUGGGCCAGGUGAAGGAGAAGGAGCAGGCCAAGCAGCAGUACCAGAAGGCCGUGUCCCAGGGGCAGAGCGCUGGCCUGGUCAGGGCGUCGGGGCGGAAGAUGGAGAAGUUCUCGGUGUCGGUGAACAUCGCGGCGGCCAGCAAGGUGACCUUCGAGCUGACCUACGAGGAGCUGCUGAAGCGCAGCCUGGGGAAGUACGAGCUGAUGAUCCGGGUCCGACCCAAACAGCUGGUGCAGCACUUCGAGAUCAUGGCGGAGCUCUACGAGCCCCAGGGCAUCGCCUUCCUGGAAGCCAACGGCACUUUCAUCACCAACGACCUGCUCCCCCUGGUGAAGACGACCAUCACUGGGAACAAGGCGCGAGUGUCCUUCUCUCCCGGGCUGGAGCAGCAGCGGACCUGUGUGGGCUGCCCCUCCACGCGCAUCGAUGGUGAUUUCUUCAUCACCUACGACGUCAACCGGGAGAAGGACAUUGGAGACAUCCAGAUCGUGAACGGGUACUUUGUGCACUUCUUCGCUCCAGCCAACCUGCAGCGUGUGCCCAAGAACGUGGUGUUCGUGAUCGACGAGAGUGGCUCCAUGGGGGGCAGGAAGAUCGAGCAGACCCGAGAAGCCCUGCACGCCAUCCUGAACGACAUCCAGGAGGAAGACUACUUCGCCCUCCUCGUCUUCGACGAUAGGCUCCGCAAGUGGAAGCCCUCGCUGACCAAGGCCACGCCCGAGAGCCUGCGGGAGGCCAAGCAGUUCGUGGAGACCAUCCAGGCCCGCGGAGGCACCGACAUCAACUGGAGCGUGCUGGAGGCCGUGAAGAUGCUGAAGGACGACCUCGCCAACCACACGCUGCCCGAGAGGAGCGUCUCGCUCAUCAUCCUGCUGACCGACGGGCAGCCCGCCUCAGGCGUCACAAACCUUGAGAAAAUCCAGGAAAACGCCCGGAAUGCCAUUGGAGGGAACAUGACGCUGUACUGCCUGGGAUUCGGAUACAAUGUGGAUUACAACUUCCUGCACAAACUGGCUUCCGAGAACAACGGCUUCGCCAGGAGGAUCUACGAGGAUUCGGACGCCGCGCUGCAGCUCCAGGGCUUCUACACAGAGGUGGCCAACCCCCUGCUGUGGGGGAUCGAGAUGCAGUACCCCGAGAACUCCGUGGACUCCCUGACAGAGAGCUCCUUCAAGCAGCUGUACCAGGGCUCGGAGAUCGUGGUGGCCGGACACAUUUCCGACAACAGCCUGGACUUCUUCCCGGUGGAGGUGAAGGCGCAGGGGCUGGAGAAUGAGCUGCACCUGCAGAGCCAGUCCAGGGUGCAGGAGAGACUGGAGGCCUCCAAGGAGCAGCAGUAUAUCUUCGGGGAGUUCACCGAGCGCCUGUGGGCCUACCUCACCAUCCAGCAGCUGCUUAGUAAGAGGGGCAGUGGCACACCUGAGGCAAAGUCAAACAUGACCGCGCGCGCCCUGGAGCUCUCCCUGCAGUACAGCUUCGUAACGCCCCUCACCUCCAUGGUGGUCACUAAGCCACAGGAGGACGACGACAAGGACACCCUGAUAGCCGACAAGCUGACCGAAGAGGAACGAGGACAGCGCAGACCUUCAGGCUUCGUGCCGCUCCUGCAAGGCUCACCCCUCACGAGCAGGACCUUUCUGACUGGUUACACCGCGUCUCGGGUCCAGAACGUGUACCACGCCCUUCCGCCGGUCACCAGCGUGGACGGGGACCCGCAUUUCAUCAUCUGGGUACCCCAGCAGAACGACACCCUGUGUUUCAACAUUGACGAGAGGCCGGGGGUCAUCUUCAGCCUUGUCUGACUCCGGCCCACAGGCAUCACUGUGAACGGGCAGACCAUCGGGGACAAGAAGCUUGUCCCCAGCAGAAAGGUCAACACGUACUUUGGGAGGUUCGGCAUCGUCAGCCGGAGUCUGGGCAUCAAGGUGGAUGUGACCACUCAGGCCAUCCACGUGUUCCACAACGGGAAAGAAGCGGUUUUCUCCUGGUCUGACACAGUGUCUCUCAAACAGCCCAGCUUCGAUCUGCAGGUCAGCAAGGAGAAGAGCCUCACUGUGGCCAUGAAGGACUCGGCCACCUUCGUCAUCAUCCUGCACAGAGUCUGGAAGAAGCACCCCUUCUAUCGGGACUACCUGGGCUUCUACACCCUGGACAGCCACCUGCUGUCGCCGGCCACCCACGGCCUGCUGGGGCAGUUCUACGGCGGCCUGCAGUUCGAGGUCAGCGACGUGCACAGCGGCGAGGCCCUGGACAAGCCUGACGCCACCAUGCAGGUGAAGGGGCUGACACUCAGCGUCACCAGAGGCUGGCAGAAGGACUACCGCUGGGACACCAAGCACGGCGAGGAGGUGCCCUGCUGGUUCGUGCACAACAACGGCACGGGGCUGAUCGACGGCACGCACACCGACUACAUCGUGUCCGGGAUCUUCAAGAGCAGCUGAGCGCCGGGCCGGGCCGGGCCGGGCCCGAGGGGAAACGAGUGUGUAGGGCUUCCUUUUCCUUUGCGGCUGAGACAACUGCAAUUUUCUUCAAAGCUCCCAAUAAAAAAAAUGUAGCUGAAAAAGUU